AUGGCGCCCAUGGGCAUCCGGCUGUCGCCGCUGGGCGUGGCGGUGUUCGCGCUGCUGGGGCUGGGCGUGCUGUACCACCUGUGCGCGGGGCUGGCGGGGCGGGGCGCGGGCGCGGGGCCGGGGGGCGAGGGGCCCGGGCCCGGCGCGUCCGUCCCUUCGUCGGCGCGGGGAUCGGCCCCCGUGGAGCUGCGCGCGCUGCUGGCGGCGGCCGUGGCGGCGGCGGAGCGCGGCGGGCGCGAGGUGCGGCGGGUGCGCGAGAGCAACGAGCUGCGCGCGCGCUCCAAGGGCAAGACGCGCGAGGGCGCCGACGACCCCACCACGCGCGGCGACGCGCUCUCCAACCGCCAGAUGGUCCGCCUGCUCGCCCGCGCCUUCCCGGCCGUCAAGAUAAAUACUGAGGAGCAUGUGGAUGCAACUGAUGAGGAAGUUAUCUCAUGGGAUCGUAAAAUUCCAGAGGACAUCCUGAAGGAAAUAAGCACCCCUAAAGAGGUACCAGCAGAAAGUGUCACUGUAUGGAUCGACCCACUGGAUGCUACACAGGAAUAUACGGAGGAUCUUCGACAGUAUGUUACCACUAUGGUGUGUGUUGCAGUAAAUGGUAAACCUGUGCUAGGAGUAAUACAUAAACCGUUUUCUGAAUAUACAGCAUGGGCAAUGGUAGAUGGUGGUGCCAAUGUGCAAGCUCGUACGGUCUACAACGAGAAGACCCCCAGGAUUGUGGUGUCUCGCUCACAUUCGGGAAUGGUUAAACAGGUUGCUCUUCAGACUUUCGGAAACCAGACUACAAUUAUCCCAGCUGGUGGUGCUGGUUAUAAAGUUCUAGCACUCUUGGAUGUGCCUGACCAGAGUCAAGAAAAAGCCGACCUAUAUAUCCAUGUGACCUAUAUAAAAAAGUGGGAUAUAUGUGCUGGAAAUGCCAUAUUAAAAGCCCUCGGCGGGCACAUGACCACCCUGAACGGCGAGGAGAUCAAUUACACUGGUUCGGAUGGCGUCGAAGGGGGGCUCCUCGCGAGUAUCCGAAUGAAUCACCAGGCACUGGUCAGGAAACUUCCAGAUCUGGAGAAGACGGGGCACAAGUGACUGAUGAAGCUGAGUGCAGUUGAAGCUUUCUCAGAGCUAGUGGUCAGCCCGAUACCUUGGGGCUUCAGAGCAUCGCUGGAGACUGUGUGGUUAAGGCCAUUCCCAACGGUUUCAAGUAUUUAUGAAGCCUCAGAGACUUCUCUUCCCUGGGAUGGGAUGCCAGAUCAGGGGACGUGGGUCGCUUCACGCCUCAACUCUUGUCUUUAUUUUUGAGACUAUUUUCAUACAGUUGUCAUGCACAAGGCACAGACAUGUACUUGUGAACUAAGACUUAAAUCUUCACGAGGAGUCACCGUUUCCUAUGCAUUAUGAAUCUCCAUUCUCAUUACUGUGAUGUGGAAGAAAAAUUGAUUUUGUGUAGAUCUUUAAAUUCUGCUUUAUCUCAUUGAAAAUAAAGUAAUUGGGGGUUUUUACCUCCUCGUGAUGGGAAGCACAAGAAGCUACACAUUAAUUAAUCUACAACUAGGAUCUGUUUGUCUGUUACUGAAUAUUUCAGUGAUAUUUCUGUUACCGAAAAUACAAAAGCUUAACAUUGUUUUUUUCCUUUAAACUGUUAGUAACAGGUUCACCAGCUAGUAGAGAAUUUAGAUAUAUAGCGGUAGCAUUGUAAUUGAAAUUUCUGUGUGUGCUUUGUUUUGUUUAUAAAGGAAAGUGUCUUUGUACUUAUGAGUUUAGCAUUUCUUCCAUCUUGUUGAGUUUCAUACUCUGGACAGCGCAUGGUUCUGUACUUUCUCUCUUUAACAACAUAUAAAUGUCUUUAACUUGUUACAGUUUGGACUAAGGAUUCAGGGUUAACACGAGGAUUUUGGUACUUUUUUAUUAGGGAUAUAAUAAAUGUAAGGCAAUAUAGGAAAAUUCAUGAUUCCACUAUUGGAAAUUAUUUGGCAUUUCAUGUGUUGAGCUAGAUUUUACUAAAUCCAAAGCCUUUUGAUUUCAUACUUUUUACAAAAUUUGCCAGGUUUGUACAUAGGGGUUAUCUCAUCAUCAAGAAUGAGUUAUGGUUGAUUUUGCCAUUAAUAAAUGGAUAUAAUUUAAUCAAACUCAAAAUUGGAAAUGCUUUGUAGUUUCCUUCCGAUUAAGAUAAUGAAGGCUAAAUUAAUUUUUGAUGAAAUUUUUUCAUAUUCAGUACAUAGAAUCUGGUUGGAAGAUAGGUAGUAGCUGUCUCACUGUUUCACUGUAAUUAGAACCUUGCCUCAUAAUCAUAAUUUUUAAUGGGCUCUCUGACUUUUCACAGUGACAUCUGGAUGCUUAUAAAAAAAGCCAUUACUCUAUGUGACAUUGGUAUUUUUGUAUCCUGUUAACAUACUGUUAAGGAGGAAAAUUUUUCAUGGUUUCUUCAACACUUGUUUGGUUUUUUUCUUUGUUUGUUUUUGUUUUGGGUAACAACCAGCUGUGCUCAGGGCUUACUCCUGAUGUGGUCAAUGGACCUUAGGGGAUGCUGGGAUUGAAUCCAGAUUGGCUGUGUGCAAGACAAAGGCCCAACUGCUAUACAAUUGUUUCAGCCCCAACUUUUUUUUAAAAAACCCUAAAUAACUCCCCAUUUAUUUUUGGUAUCUUGUAGGUAUAAUCGACCAAAGAAUGGAUAUUCUCAGCAUGAUGGAAUGUGCAAAAAACUAUAGGUUUGCAUCUGAUGCUGUCCAAAUACUUGUAAACCUUCUAAGGAAUUGACUCUAAUAAGAUGAAUGCAUUUUCACCCAGUAGCAAAUAACUGCUAAUCUGGGCUUCAAAAAGUAGUCUUUGGUUUAGUGAAAAUUCAUUUAAAGUUAGUUGGUGCACUUGGUAUUUCUGUAGAACUUUGACAUUUUGAAAAGCGGAGACCUCAUCUUUGUCUUUUGCAUUAAAUGAGGAAAUCAUCUUAAGAAAAAAUGAUGCAAAGGCUUGUGCUGUUUCAGAACCCUUUGUUGAAAGCAUUUGUUUCACUAUAUCAAACUUGGGAAAAAAUAAUAGUUUUCUUUUUCAUUAUUGGUUCCAAUAUUGGAACUUUCUUAUUUAAUAGAAAUGAAACAUAUUAGCAAGCAUGAAUGUUUUAUUUUUAUUUUCAUCAGCAUGUAGAUAAUAAUAGCCCUGUGAAGGGUUUUUGUGUAUAAAUAUUCAGAUAGUUAAAUGCAUUAUUUUUAUAAAUAAUUGUUGGAUAUAGACUAGUUGAUGACUAGUUGAUGAUGUGUGUAUAUGUAUGAGACAGGGAGAAAAAUUGGAACUCAUGACCUCACAGUGCAAGGCAUGCACCAUUGAGCCACAUCCCAAACUUUUUAAGCUUCUAUAGAAAGUUCGCUUUGUUUU